AUGACAAUAAAUAAAUUAAUACAAUAUCAGAUUAUAAAUCAAUUGUUUAAAGGUAAUGGUGGUAGAAAGUACCAUACAUUGAGAGAAUACUCAGAAAGUGAAACAGUAGAUCAAAAUAACUUUGGUUUUUAUUAUUUCAAUCGAAUAAUCUUUGAUUUAGUGGCACCAUCCGUUAUAUUGAACUAUGCUUUGGUCAGUAGAGAAUGGUAUAAAUACAUAUCGGGAGUGUUAUUCAAUAGAUUCUAUCAGACAAUCAUAUUCGAUGAAGCAGAGGAGGAUACACUUGUCGAUCUGUCAAAGGAGUACUCAAUGUAUCGAUUCGAUAGUGUGACUAUACUCUACUUGGAUUUUAUUGGAGAAUGUGGUACUCCCGAUGACAAUUUCCAAGAACGAAUGGCAGAGCUCUUCAAUUGGGUCAACAAGUUCAGAUCACUCUCUAGACUGGUUCUCAACACUGGAUCUUUAAAACUUGUAGCUGAAAUAAUCAAACAAUAUCCAACAGUAAAGGUCGAAGUUAAUGUUGAAAUUGGAGAUGAUAUGAAUCUUGGUUUGAACAAUGAUCUCUUGAGAACGGAAUUUAACAAUCUGGAGUAUGUCUAUUUCGAUGCCUCUUCUGUGUUUGGGGUUCUCAGACAGCUCGAAGGUGAAGAUAAUAUGUCAUUCUUUGAGGUAAUCAGACAAUGGAGAGUCAAUGGUUUUCAAUUUGAUUAUGAAGACAAUGAAGAAGGCAACCUUUUGAAGAAUAGAUUUGAAGGAAUAUUCAAGAUUCAGUCACUAGAGAAUAUUGUCAUUAUCAAUGGAGCAAUCGAUACAUCGGAAUUGAUUUUCUUGGUCAAAGACAACACUCAUAUUCAAACUUUCAAAUCGUUCUUACCAUUUGGUUUAUAUGAUCACAAGGAACCACAGACCGUAGAGGAAGAAGAAGUUUUUCAAUUGUGUGAUUGUUUGGUAUCGAAUUCACUUGAUCCAAUUGAGAUGAAUAGAACAUGCUCCAAAAACAACAAGAUUGAACAUUGGUAUGAAUUCUGUGAUUCAUUGGCAACCAACAAGACUCUCAGAGUAUUAAAUCUUCAGAAUAUGUGUGAAGCCAAAAUAUUCUCAACUCAUCCACCUUCAAAAUCUGGAACUAUCAAUCAUGCCUCCCAAUCAUUCGGUUCAGCAUUGUCUAUCAACAACACACUCACAAGAUUAACAAUAUCAGGCCAAGUUAUUUCGAAUUCAUUCUAUGAUGUGCUCGCACAAUCAAAUAGAUCAAUCAGUCAUCUCUCGAUUAAAGGAUGUCCAUUGUCAGAUCAUUUAGGAUCAAUCACCAAAAUGAUUCAAAAGAAACCAUUGGUUAAAUUAUCAAUAGUCUAUAAUGAUGGUCUUGCAGAUAGAGAUAACGAUGAAUUCGGUCAGCAUUGGAGUGACUUUUGUUCAACUAUUUCAACCAACAAAACAAUUACAUCUUUGAAGAUAGUUGGUAUGAUAUCGAAUUCACUCAAGAUAACACUCAAAGGUCAAAAACCAAUGACAAUCAUACAAUCUCAAAGAUUUUGUUCAGCAAUUUCAGUCAACAAAUGGAUUCAAUCACUCUCUAUCUCGUGUAAUUUGAUUUCAGAUUGCAAAUUAUUUUAUCAGGUAUUAUCAAGCUCCGAUCGGAAUCAAUCGAUCAAACAUCUUCAUUUGAAAGAUUGUGAUUUGAGUCAUUUACAAGCAGUCUCAGAGAUGUUAUUGUUGAACAAAUCAAUAACAAGAAUGAAAAUUCACAGUUUUGUUGAUGAAAGACUAUUUUUACUCUAUUUCUAUGAUGAAGUGUUAUGUGAACACAAGAAACAAGAAUUUGGAGAAAGGGUGUCAAAAACAAACAAAUCAUUUGCCAAAUCAUUGGAAAUCCAUCAACUUGCCAAGUUGACAUUGGUUAGAGAUCAUUUCACUGAACAAUUUAUGAAAUCUCUUGAUAAAGACUCCAAAAUCAAAAACAUUAUUGAAAUGUGUUCACACUAA